AUGAGAAUCAGUCCCCCCGCUCCCCCCCCUCCCCCCGCUCCUCAUACUUAUAUACAUUAUGUUAAAGUUAUGCACAGUCUCGUGUCAUCGGACGGACAUUCAUAUCAGACGGAUGUUUGUCUCCGUGUUAUGUAUCGAAAUGAGUCGGAGACGGAGCUGACCAUGGACAAGGAAAUAGAUAGUGAGGAGACGAGGGGGGAGGGGAGACUUGUUGGACGAGGAGGAUGUGGCUGGAGGAGAACGAGGAGUGACUGGACCACGGAGAUGAGGACACACGAGUGGCGGAGAGAUGACGGACGGGUGUGUGAUGAACACACGGAGAGAGGAAGGAGGAGGGAGGAGAAGAUAGGAAGCGACCGAGGACAGAGGUCCGGCGGUACAGUGACUAGUGAGGCAGGCUGGGGACGGGCGGGCUGUGUGUACUGGGUACAGCGAGCUAUGUGUGAUAAAAGUUUAAAGAAAGUACUCUCGGCCUCUCAGACUCCCCGACCUGAAGCCGGGAGAACACAGCGUCCCGAGCUGUACAACUAUUUAUAA